AUGCCAGCCCCAGCGCAGAACCUCCCACAGCCUGAGGUCCAAUACGUUGGCUUCUACCGUGCCAACGUAGGGAAGAGUGCAGUUCACAAGGCAAAAUUAGAGGAAGAUGGCUUCGUAUACUGUGGAUAUCUCAACACGCAGGAUUAUUCCCACUUCCCUCCGCCACCUGCCCCAAAGGUCAAAACAAGUACGCAAAAACGAGUGGUCAUAGACCUCGUCUCAGACAGCGAAGACGAGGCGGGAAAGCCCACUUCCUCGACUACGACUUCCUUGUCUUCUAAGCCUUCCUCAUCUUCUACAACUUCCUCGUCUACUGCGAAAGAAUUGACCACCACCGGGCCACGCAAACGCUCAAACGGUUCACGCAAACGCAGCAAGUCUACCCAAUGUUUGCCGCAGAAGCAAGCGCUCAAAGAAGGUGUAAGGCGUAGCCUGAGAUUGAGGAGCUAG